AUGGCAGCAGUAAUCACGUUAAUCAAGUGCCGCUUGACGAGUCCAGUCUCCGACGAGUAUUUCGCGAACAAGGGAAAGUCGUCUACCCAUCGGCUUAGGGUUUCUAAAAUAUUGCAUGGUGCAUGGUGCAACGAAAGGGACGAUGGCAGCCGCUGUGUUGCCAACUGGUUGGCGUUGCUAAAUUCUUCUGCUCCGAGACACUUCCUACCUACCUAG